AUGUCCUCUAAUCCUGCAAAGCAGCGCAAACUAAGAAAGUUUGAUAAGCCUUUAGUCAUCAUAGGAAUCCUCACUGCUAUUCAAGCUCUCAUCUGUAUCUUCUGGAUGAUAUUUGAUCCUGUUGAUGUUGAGGAGAAACAAUCAAAAACUCAGUCACUUACUCUGAACCGUCUGUGCACUCAGGGCUCUCUGUAUGACUUUGGUGUGAUGCAUAUCUAUAUUGCUUUACUAGCUGUGGUGUGUUUCCUGUUGGCCUUCAAGGGGAGAGACAAGGAGACUGAUCCUAUAGUCUUCAGCAUGCUCAUCCAUCUGUUUGCCUGGCUUUACUUUAUUCCAGUCUUCAUCACUCAAUAUGAAUCAUGCCCCAUUGUGCACAUCUCUGGCAUUAUGGUCUCCAACUAUGGAGUCAUCUUCUGCCACUUUGCUCCAAAAUGGUUAAAAACCCCCCAGAGAGCUUGCUCAUCUUCUGCAGCAGCCCUAAGUGACAAGUUACGCUAUACAUCCUUCUUUCGUGUCAUUCCAAGUAACAUAUACCAGGCGCAGGCAUUGGCAAAGCUGAUGAGGCACUUUAACUGGGACUGGAUUGGGGUUGUGAGCCUUGAUGAUGAUUAUGGUAAAGAUAUCUAUGAGAACUUUGUGCCACAUGCAGAGAAAGAGAGGAUAUGCUCUGAGUUCCAUCAAGUGAUACCAAACUAUGGUAAUGUGAAACAGCACAUCAAGCAGGUGGCUGAUAUUAUCCAAAACUCCACUGCCAAAGUUGUGGUGCUCUUCCUAAGAAUUCAGCAGGUAGAGAAGCUCUUUGAAGAGAUGAUUAAGACAAACACUUCUCGAAUCUGGAUCGCCAGUAACACAUGGUCUAUGUCUCGCCUCUUAAUGAAGAUGAAGGGCAUAAACAAGGUGGGAGACAUUCUUGGCACUAACUUCAUCACAGGGAAGAUCCCAGGUUUUGAAGACUACCUCCAGAAUCUGAGGCCACGUCCAGGGGCGAGAAAUGACUUCAUCAGGGAGUACAAACAAAUGAGAUUUAACUGCAGUCAGCAGUCAGAGCACACGUCCCCUUUAGCCUGCAAUGUGACAGACCCCCAGGAGGCGAAUGAUGACUACCUGCUCCAUGCUGUGGAUGUGACGGAGGCCUACAAUCAGAGAGUAGCAGUGUAUGCUGUAGCUCAUGCCAUGAAGAAACUUCUUCAGUGCAAUGACACUGCCUGCUCUGGAGAUACCAACUUCAAACCAUACGAGCUUGUGGACAUUCUUCGUAAGGUGAACUUCACUUUGGACAAUCAGACAUACUCCUUCAAUAACAAUGGUGAUUUUGAUAAUGGUUAUGAUGUCAUGAUGUGGAAAAAGAAUGGUGAUGAAAAAAUAUCUGAAGUGGUGGGAAAAUUCCUCAUAAAGAAUGGGGAUGUUGAGAUCUAUGAGCACAAAAUCCCCUGGAACAACAAUACGGUGCCCUGGUCUAGGUGUUCAGAGCCAUGUCCCCCAGGCACAGAGAAGAAUAUAUCAAGAAUCUCCUGUUGUUAUGACUGUGCUAACUGUAGUGAGGGAUACUAUUCUGAUGAGUGGGUUGCGCAAGAUGAGGGUCAAACAAUGGCAACAAAGAGCAGGUUUGUGUACCUCUGCCUGAGAGUGGAACACAUCAGCAUGAGAGAGGUGAUUCGUCUAUCAGGGCGCACCGGUGCGCAGUCACAGUACAGAAAAGGGUGCAGUGUGGACGAAGCUCACGGAGGGCGAGGGCAGGAGCAGAGGAAUAUCAGGACACUUGUAAACAAUGUCCAGAAGGUUCUUGGUCUCUUCCAGGAUCAAGGGAGUGACAUCUUAGUCACUUCAUGCCUGAUGAAAUUUGGCCUGAUGGUGAGUUUUGGAGGUGUAAUACUUUUCUUAGGCAGCCCAAACAUCCAUCUUUGUAGAGCACAACAGACCAUGUAUGGUCUUGGGUUCACUCUCUGUGUGUCCUGCAUUCUGGUUAAGGCCCUUCACAUAUUCUUAGAGUUAAUGUCCUCUAAUCCUGCAAAGCAGCGCAAACUAAGAAAGUUUGAUAAGCCAUUUGUCAUCAUAGGAAUCCUCACUGCUAUUCAAGCUCUCAUCUGUAUCUUCUGGAUGAAAUUUUAUCCUGUUGAUGUUGAGGAGAAACAAUCAAAAACUCAGUUACUUACCAUGGACCGUCUGUGCACUCAGGGCUCUAUGUAUGGCUUUGGUGUGAUGCAUGUCUACAUUGCUUUACUAGCUGUGCUAAGUUUUGGACUGGCCUUCAAGGGGAGAGACAAGGAGACUGAUCCUAUAGUCUUCAGCAUGCUCAUCCAUCUGUUUGCCUGGCUUUGCUUUAUUCCAGUCUUCAUCACUCAAUAUGAAUCACGCCCCAUCGUCCAGAUCUCUGGCAUUAUGGUCUCAAACUAUGGAGUCAUCUUCUGCCACUUUGUUCCAAAAUGGUUUAAGAUCUUCUUAGAAAGGUCUGAGACAUUAAAGGCAGUAAAACUCCAAGAUGAUCCUCUUACAGAUGACUCAGACUCUGGAGUGAUUUGUAGGAACUCAGAGGAUACAAUAUCAAUACUCAGCAUACUGCAGAACCGAUUCAGCAUUGCAGAGUCAGAAAUGUCCAACUGCGAUGGUCACAGCCUGCAUCUGUCAGAAGUCAGUAUUGCCUCGUUUAGGCAUCGGAGACCAAGAAGUCAACGACCAAGGAGUCUCUAA